CGCUCCUGUGGCGCAUUGGUGCUCCACGAGCGCUAUUGGGCCACCAUAGGCAUCAGUACAAUCGCUCAGAAGCUCUCGGGACGCGUGCGAGAGCGAUGCGCCUCCGCCUGCUCCUCACCGGUUGCUGCCUUCAUGCUGUGACGGCGCGCCGCCCGCCGGCCGACGCCGUGGCGCAGAAACACAUAAAUGAAGGCGCGCUGAACGCGUACGCCAUCGGCGAGGGCUUCGAGGGCAGCGCGAGCGACUGGACGGAGUACGUCGUCUGGUCCGUCGGCGUCGCGGCUCUAAUUUUUUACCUGAGCGGCACCGUGAAGAUCAACGUGUAUAACAUUGACGAGGAGCCCAUCAAGCGGGAGCCACAUCAGAUAGAGGUGCGCGUCCUGGAGAGUUUAGAUGAUACUGCACUGGUCGCAUCGAUCAAGGAGGUGAUCACGACAACGGUACGCGAAUCUAACGAGAAGAACGAGCUGUCGCGGCAUUAUGCAGCGGAGGAGCUAGAGAUUAUUUUGGGGCGCUUCUGCGAUUUGGAGAAGCACCUCGCGACGCGCCUUAUCUAUAUCGCGUCGAUCGACGAUGAAGUCGCGGGCUGCGGCAUGCUGACGCGCGCCACGGGCGAGGUCCGCCAGAUGACCGUCUCGCCCGCGUUUCAGGGGAGAGGCGUCGGCUCGGCGAUCCUGCGGGAGAUUUUAGCUGAGGCGCGCUCGUCGAGCCUGGAGCGAUUGUAUCUAGAGUGCCCGCCGGUCAAGCGGGACUGGUACGCGCGCUUCGGCUUCGUCGAUUGCGCGCGGCGGCCGAGCGACACGGCCGCCGAGUUCCCGGGGGUCAACGCGCGGGCGCCCAUGGAGCUCGUGCUGUGAUAAGGAGACUUGUUGUGACUUACUGUCUCUUGCGCUAGUAAAUCCAGAAAAAAACCGCGGCCCUGUGCUAG